AUGGCGUCUUCGGUUGACUACGCCAAAGUGCCGAUUAAGGAGAAACCCUUGCAUACACCGUCUUUGGAGGAAGUAGCGAAAGUACUCUCUCGAGGUCUUCGGAAAACGUUUGAAACGGUAAAUGUGACCGCUGAAGACAGCCCCGAUCUUACUAAGGCGCCUUUCGACCUCACAACUCCAGGUCUAACGGGCAAUGUGAAAUUGGUAGAAUUAGGUGGUCCCCCGUACCUAACACCCACCGUACAACGCGAUAAGGUAUACGAUCUCGCUGCUCUCCUGCGUCACCUUGCGAGGGAUCCAGCUCUACUCGCAGGCGCUGGAGCAGGUCCGUGGCCAUACAUAGGCGUUAACUGUGAGGGUAUAAUAAAUUUGCACAUCCGCGACGGCGAGGCGCAUCAAGGUACCCGAAUAGUGUCUGUGUCACCGGUUGGCGCAGCUAAGGGCAGCAGCAGUUAUCUACAGCAGAAGCUUCCUAACAACGAAACGCGGACUGCACUGCUUGGCAAUUAUUUAUUAUCAGACGGGCAACCGGGCAAGGUCAUAAAGGUGAUAGCGAAAAAACGUGUAGGUCCAUCCAAUUUCAUUACGGCAAUAAGGGAAACGUUGAAGGAACACUAUGGCGAAAAAGCAGUCGGUCUAGGCGGUGCGUUCCUACUGCGAGCUGGUAAAGUGAAACACCACGUGAUGCCGGACUUCAGCUCAUCUCCGCUGUGCACAGACGCAGACGUGGACGCUUGGCUGCAUUAUUUCGAGAUGAGUGCUCCAAUUAUGCACCUAGGCACUCUCGUCACCGGAGAUCUGGGUUUGGAUCUGCGGGUGCAGCAUUUCCACGGCUACAGCUCCCAUGGAGACGGAGGCCAUUACCACUACGACACGACGCCCGAAGAAGUCGAGUACGAAGGAUACUUUGCGAUCGCGUCCUCCGUAGUGCGAGUCGACCCUCCUUCCGAGACGCACGCCAUCGGACGGGAUUAG